UGAAGAAGACAUUAUUAAUAAUUAUGUUGUAUUUUCAACCUCAACUUCACAGCAAUCAACAUUUUCUAGCAUUGGGUUAAAUGAUGAUCAGAAUUAUCAGUAUAUAUUAACUCAGUUAUUACAAAAAGUGCAACGAUUUAUGAAACAAAACUCUAUAACAGCCACAACUUUAUAUAAUUCUUUCAAUGAAAUAUUAGUCUCUGAAAUUGAAAACAUUGACAAAUCACAAUCAAACAAUUCAAAAAUUAUACCAACAAUAAGAAAUCCAUUAAUCAUUCGAGGAAAAGGGUGUCUAUCCAAUAAAAGAAUUACAAGUACAAUAGAAUUAACUAGUAAUAAGAAAAAAAAACUUAACAAAAACAAAGACAAUACUAAUGUGUCAAGAUCACAAGAUUCUAUUAAUAUGAGCAAUUAUCAAUCUAGCGAUAUUGCAUAUAAUACGAAACCAUCAGAUAAAACUCAAAAUUCUGCAAUAUCUUUACAAUUUCAAGAAUCUAAUUCUUUAGUUCAGUGCUUUGUUGAAACAAACUUUUCUUUUGAUGAAUUAAAUUUAG